AUGAAAACCACCACUGUUGGAAGAGAAUGUACUUGCACGGUAAGCACCUUCCUUCCGGUGACGAGCAUGAGAAGCUGGAUGAUUGGCUCGACUUCAGGCAGCUGCCUGGACUUGGGAUCAAUGCCAUGCCGAGUACGUCACUGCAGAAUGUCCAGUUCAGCUUGGACGUGGCGUGAAUGGAGGAAGCUGAUGUUCUGGCAAGCUGUUGCAGAUGUUGAUGCCUUCGCAAUUGCUUCUGCAGGCAAGUCUCGACAGGAGGUCUUCCCCUUCUUCAACCAGAUCGACCAGAUCUUUCGACAGUCUUUGGAAGCUCCAAGCACUCAAGGGCGCAGCCAUACCGCCAUACCCGGGUGCGAACGCAGAUCGUGGCAGUGA